UUGUAUUUGUUCUCGGAUACGUGAGGGAAGAUAAUCGUAUGAAACCCAUUUUUCAUUCACUCUUGGUUUUGGUUAGAAGUCUUUGAGUUAGAAAGAACCUAAGAUCUAUUUUGAAGGGCUGUCUACGAGAAACGACGUCACAGAAAAACUCGUGACAUCUUGAAUUUUCAUUUGUAAUCGGGUUACAUUUCCUUGCAUGGUAAAUAUUCGAUCUCUUUGAGUUUCAAAAUCAUCGAAAUUUCAUGGCUUAGAAGUUCACCUCCAGAAUCUCAGAUGGUUUAAGCUGUUGUUCAAACGUUUGGCAUCGAAAUCCUUCUCAGGAUCCAUUCCGGUCCAUCGAAACCUUAGCUGCUACUUCUCUCAUUGCCUCAACGAAACACGAAUUGAGCGUGCCUUUUAGAUAACUGUUAUGUCCGCCAGCGUCAGUCCGCUUCCAUCGAGUGAGAUGAAUAGCUCACACUCAAGUGAAGGUAGCAGUGUAAGUGGCUUUGUUGUAGUUUCUAAAGACGACGGGCAAUUGCUCAAUUCCGACGACAGUAAGAUUGGAAAAAUAGCUGAGAUUCCAGGUAAAAGCGAAAGCCUCCCACAAGGCGGAAGUGUGUCGCAGAAUGAACAUGAACUAGCUGAUAGAGUUCAGAAUCUUUCCAAGGAAAAUGAACAACUUAAGGGGGUGCUGCUUCAGAACAAUGAACUCCUCGAGAAAUAUUUUGAAGAACUUGCAGACAUGCAGAAAUCUCAGAAACAGACAAGUGAGUCUUCACGCAAAGGGUAUGAACGUGCCAAGGAGAUGAUCAAGAACCUGCGAGAAAAGAAUGGAAAAUUAAAAACUGAACUGAAGAAUGAGCAAAAUAAAACUUUGCAACUGGAGGAAGAGCUGUCCAAACUGAAGGAGGCAGAUCAAAAUGAAAAGUCUGCACAUCUUGAAGAAAGUUAUCAUAUAGACAAGGCUAACCCAGAUCAAGCGCAGUCUCUAAACGAAGUGGUGAAGAAGCUUGAAUCUGAAAAGGCCACCCUGGAAAUGAGUAACAGCAAACUGCAAGAACGUAUUUCCUGCCUAAAGGCCAUGCGAGAAGCUGAGCCGAAUACUGAAACAGAUGACCUUGAUACUCUGGUUUCUCUUGACACCCUGUCCUCUGACAUUCCUCUCGAGAGCCCUGAAGCAGUUUGGGAGAACUUAAGGAAAGUUGAAACAGAAAAAGAAAUUUUGAAGGUAAAAUUGGAGGAGAUGAAAAUUGAGAGUGAGCAAAACCAACAACAGUUUAAUCAACUUGAGGAAGAACGUGACCAGCUUUUAAAGAAAAUUCAAGAUAUGGAGCAAAGGCAGGUAUUAGAAGAAGAAGAUAUUAAGCUUGAGGUAGCUGAAAACCAAGCUUCCACUGCAGCAGCCACAGAGCAAAUUGCUGCUUUGAGUGAACAGCUUAGAGUGCAGACAGAGGUGAUGAACAAUCUUACAAAGGAACAGAAUGCUUUGAGGCAGGAAAGAGACAUGUACAUGAAGAAGGCUGAAGAAAUUGAAAAAAGAACCACUGAGAAUGUUGAAACUAUAGGAGAACAGCAGCAAAACUCUCCUGAAAAAGGCAGUGAUAAUCAGGAAGCACUAAAAGUAAAUGAACUACGCAAUACACUUGAAAAAGUGAAGGAAAACCUUUUGGAAUACCAGAGACGUGAAGGAGAUCUUCUGAACAGGGAGAAGGCUGUUCUUGAGAAGGAAGAAGAACAAAAGCAGAGAACCACUGAGAAUGUUGAAACUAUAAAAGAACAGAAGCAAAACUCUCCUGAAAAAGGCAGUGAUAAUCAGGAAGAACUAAAAGGAAAUGAACAAUACAAAACACUUCAAAAAGUGAAGAAAAACCUUUGGCAAUACCAAAGACGUGAAGGAGAUCUUCUGAGCAGGGAGAAUGCUGUUCUUGAGAAGGAAGAAAAACAAAAGCAGGUUAUGGAAGAGAAUGAGAACCUAAAAGAUCAGCUUGCUGAAGCUCAAAAAAAUAUUGAAGCACUUUCUCACAAAGAGAAGGGGCAGGAGGAAGAAGUGAACACUCUGAGGAGGCAGCUGAGUUCAGUAUCAGAUGAACUCACUGAGACGCAUGAACAGGAAGUUUCUCAGUUAAAGGAGUCAUUGCAGACAGUUAUUGACAGUGCCAAAGAAUUGAGAGGAACUGUUGAACAACAUAGGGAGGAGAAUGAAAAUCUUCAGAAACUUGUUGAGGAACUGAAAUUAAGUGCAAGUCAGAAGGAAGAGGAAAUACAGACUCUAAAGGAGGAAACAGUCAAAGUGUCCAAUGAACUGAAUGAGGUUCGGGAGCAGGAAGUUAACCGCUUAAAAGAAGAAUUGUCAGACAAGACUGAGGCACUGAAAAAUGCAGAGAUUAACAUAAAAUCUAUGGAGACUCAAGUGACACAAUUAAUCAAGGAAAAUGAAUCUCUAUCAGCAGAGAAGGAAAGGCUUAUAGACGAAUGCACGCAACAGGAAAAUAUGUAUCAAGAUCAUCUCCAUAAGAUCACUGAUGACAGUGAGAAGCAGAGAUUGAAGAGAGACAAAUUGAUCGAGAGUCUCAAAAAGGAUAUGUCAACCGCUGAUGCAGAACUUAAGAAAACACGCUUAAAACAGGAAACUGACAGCAGGAAAACCAGCGAUAUCAGGAUGAGAUCUAUCAGUUAAGCAACAGAGGAUUCGAGGAAAUGCAACGCCGCCAUGCCAGUGUUCCUUAUCAUACCACAGACUACCCACCCCAUCAACAAGGAUCUCCCGGAGAAUGGUGCGCUGGAUUUCCUGGAAUGCCUUUUUUCACCCGUGGAUCCGAACAACCUGCAGAAACCGGGAGAGAGGGGGACAUGCGGAGUCCUGGAAGGGAACAACAAGUCCCUGCUCCACCGGUGGAUGAAAAUGAUUGGCAAUGUCCAAACUGUCGCGGGGUGUUCCCUAAUUUUGAUGCACUUCAGAUUCAUGCUGUGGCAUGCCAAGGAUUCCAGCGACCACCUUCCGUAGGCGAUCUUCAGCAAAAUCAGUGUCCAAGCUGCAUGGAGUUAUUUCCUGAUAUAGAAACCCUGGAACUUCAUGUAGAGGAAUGUCUGGAUCAACAUCAAUAGUGAAAUUAUCCUGACCUCAACGUAUUUGACCGAAAUGGAGGAUGUAUUGGCAAGAGGAGUGGAAAGUCAGGGUGAACUGAACUUUAUAAAAUUCUUAACCACUGAGCAGUGAAACAGUUUGUUCCUAAGCUUUUUAUAUGAACAUUUUUAGCACGAAGCAGCAUUCUGUAUCGAUAAUUUGACGCUUAAAAUGAGUUUUAAAUGCAAGCAGAAGUCAUACAGGACACUGAGCUGUUCUGUUGGCCGUUUCACCUUACUUUAAUGAAAACCACGUCAGAAAAAGUCUUGAAAACUGCUUUAAUAGGAUUACAGCUUCGAUGCUAUUUACCGCGCUAUUUGUUGAAAGCGAGCAGAUCAACAUAGGGGACAGGUAAGUUUAACCGCAGGGGACAGUAUGAUAACCAAGUAUUAAUUGACCUUAAAAUUUAGCUGACCAGUGAAGGUGUGACAAACUUGGCUUUUUGUGAGAUACAGAUAUGACGUAUUAUGUUACUCAUAUAUAAGUUUCAUUUUGGUAACGCAAUAUCCAAUUCAGCGGAUUUAGACCACAACUUCGACGUGCUCUUGCGUUACUCUUGUUGUUCUGUAAAACUAAAAUCUCCUAGACAGUCUGAGACCGUAUUUAUCUGAUAUACAACUGUAGUUCAAGGAUAGAUUAGGUAAUUUACACACAGUUUGUAUUGGAAACGUACUAUGUCUCGCAUUAAGAACUAAAUGUAAUUAACGGAUGACGAUUCACGACAGUGAUCUAAAACAAUAGUUGAGUUGAUAUGUUCUAGAAACACAUCAAAAGCUCUCUAAAGUAAUUCCAGUUGUUUUUCAAGUGAAGUACAGAGGGAUAAAGGUUAAUGUUAAUUUGAAGGAUGUUUAAUACCACUUCCUUUAAGACUUUGUAAACAAUUUAUUUUAGUAAAAAUUUACUUUUAUGUUUUAUCAUAGCAUAGUAAGUAGACUACGUUGACUCUGCGUGUGUAGUUAUUUUUUUCAUACAUAUGAAAUAAUGUUUAAAAAUUUGGUUUUCCUUAAAGGCAGGGGCCCAUUUCUAUGGGCUCCUGUUAAAGGUAAUUAAUUUGGUAAAAGUGUAAAAAUUUUUUUCUUCUUCAACUGAAAAUAAAAUCUAAAGGAAUUAAGA